CUCUGUCAGGGUGCAUCGACAUGUCUCUUGAUAUCAAGUGGUUGAAGCUAACACACAGCCUGUAAUGGUAGUCUGAAAGAUCCACUCGCAACAGUAGAGCAGCCUUUUCCCCACUAGCCAGCUGUUAAAAUCUAACAGCUAUUGAUUGGUUGCAUGUUUGCGGGUAGUUUCAAACUCUGAAGUCCAGAGUUUUACUUCUGAUUAGUCUGAACAACAAACACUUGAAUGUCCAGAAACAGAGCAGGAGAUAAAGUGAUGUUCAGACCUUCGCUCUCUGUCUUUGAAAGCAUGUGGGUGGGAAUUUAAAAGAGCAAAGCAUGAUGGUUACACUUGGAAAGGCCAAGUCUUAGCUCUGAAAGGAUGUUCAGGAUGCAAAGGGUGGUGUUUCUGGUGCCUCUACUGGUUGCUGGAUCAAUACGGACCCUCCAGACGGACCCAGUGAAAGGAAAAAGUCCAAUAACGGCACUGGAGAACUUUCAUUUUGAGCAGUUUACAGGACGAUGGUAUGAAGUAGCUGUGGUGUCUACCUGUCCUCACUACAUGCAGCGCAAGAAAAGAAACCCCGUCAUGGUGGCCCUGGAACUGAAACAUGUCCCUUCUCAGCAUAACUUUACAAUGACAACCUCCACCUUCACGAAUGGCACAUGUAGGGAGACUUGGACGGUUCUCAGUUUUACCAACACUCCUGGCCAAUUCUUUCACCAUGUUGCAAGAUUUGGAGCAGAUGUCGAUUCCUUCGUGGUUGACACCGACUAUGAUGAGUACGCUCUGAUGAUGCAGCUGAGCAACGAGAAACCGACAGGGAAUAAAACCACCAUAGUCAAGCUUUACAGUCGAACUAUGAGCGUUAGUCCUCCUGCUCUAGAAAAAUUUAAAGAACUCAUCAGACACCAUGGAAUGAGUGAAGAUGCUGCUAUCAUGAAUCAACACAAAGGUGAGUGUUUACCAGGCGAACCAACGAAGGAGGCAGCUGCUCACCAUCAGGUUUUUGGCCAUGAGAGCUCCAAACAGAUUAUUCCUGCAGAGGAAGAGCAAAGUGAUGUCAGACCAGGGUUAGAGAACCUGUGAGGAAGAGGAGGAUGACCAGAUAUUGAACUUGUUAGAACACUAUGAACAAACUAAAUAUGAGAAAUGUUUUACUCAAGUAAUAAAGAAAUAUUUGUUUGCACAAUA